UGGGCCCUUUAAUCACGAGCUGAUCAACCUAUUUUAUGAGGCUACACAAAGUUCAUUGUGUGGUUCAUAAAAGGUCAGUGAUGAUAAAGAUGUCUGAUUCAAAAGAAUGAAAGUUGAACCACACACCUCACGUCUCAAACAAGCACUUUGAAAUGGUUAAAGGUCCAUCUUACGUUAUUUUAUGAUCUCUGUUCUAAUGUCGUUUCCUCAUCACAAACAGACCUGGAGUUGUCUUUUGUUUCAUUCACACAUUUUUAACACAUAAACUCUGCAGGAGCUGAGGAGCCAGUCUACAGUCUACUGUCUACAGUAAGCAGACAGAGACAAAAGAACUGGCCCUCCAAAAAUUCCCAUCACUAGUCAGGCGUCCACCACUACUGCACAUGCGCACGACCGCCAAACGUCUAUUUGAGCUCCCGAGGCAGAAGUGCACUAAGAAGUAGCCUAACAUUUUAAAAGUGUAUUGGUUUUAUUGUACGUUUGGCCAGUUUGCGUCAGAAUACCUACAUUAGAUGAUUGAAUUGUUUGGAUUUAAUAUUUGUUUUUAUCGUUAUCAUUUUCAGCGGAAUAGAACAAAUCAAAAUGAACUAUGCAGAUUCAGAUAAAUGAGUUGAAAUUUGACAUAGCUAAGGUAUAAAGUUUGAUCCUCAUGUGCAAACAGAAUCAAACCCGCGUUUCUAAUCCAGAGAAAUAUGUGUCAAACUGUGGAGGUCAGGGUCAGGGUUUAUCUUUAUUGCAUCUAUACAACUGUAAUGGAAAAAUGUAAGGAGCUCAUUUCGACGGGGCAGGCCAUUUCGACGACACCAGCACAAUGCAGGCUAAAGUGUAAUUUUCUUUUCCAACAUGGCAUUCGUAAGCACACUGUGCGUGUUUUUCUUUGUGUUUCUCAGAUAUUGUCUUUACAUCAAAUACCAGCAUCUCAAAUAUGACCAAAAAAAUAGCACACUUUUCUCUUGGGCCAUUCUCCAAUUUUGGUGGAGACAAUGAAAAAGGAUGAAGUCAUUCAUGACAAGUUUAUAUAAUGGUCAGAGAUAUAUGGACCACUGUACAGGAUCAAUAUACUACAUUAUCUGAGGAGAUUCUCAUGUCCUCAAAAUACCCCAAAGAUAAAUUCCUCUACAAGCGUCUCUUCAACCUUUUCGGUCAAAGGUUUUUGGGGAAUGGUCUGGUGACAGCGCGAGACCACGAGCAGUGGCACAAACAGAGACGCAUCAUGGACCCCGCCUUCAGCAGCCUAUAUCUGCCCUUUAAUGAGAGAGCAGACAAACUGAUGGAGAAGCUUUCUGAAGAGGCUGAGAACAAAACUGUGGCCAACAUGCUCCAUCUGGUCAACUGCGUCGCACUGGACAUUAUCACCAAGAUCUUGUCAAAGCCUGAUCUCGUCAGAAGCUCAGAGGUCGGGCCUGGUCAGUACUUGGAAGGGAGACACUGGGAAAAUCAGGAGCCACAGGGGGGCGCCAGUCACAUAAACAGUCAUUGUGUCUUUAGGCAAGACACUUCACCCACAUUGCCGAGUAUGAAAGUAGUGUGUGUGUGAGUGAUGGUGGUCGGAGGGGCUGAUGGCGCCAAAUGGCAGCCUCGCUUCCAUCAGUCUGCCCCAGGGCAGCUGUGGUUACAACAGUAGUUUAUCACUACUGAGUGUGGAGUGAAUGAAUAAUGCUCUGUAAAGCGUCUCUGAGUGUCCAGAAAAGCGCUGUAUAAAUUUUAUGCAUUAUC